CGUGACUUGAGCGAAUCCAUAUCCCAGCUUCUGGCAGCGACGAGCGAGGUUUCCCACUAAAGCAGCAAGAAACCCUAAGUUCGUUCCCAGCAAAUGACUACUCGAAUUGCUCCUGGUGUGGGUGCCAAUUUGCUUGGCCAACAUUCUGCCGAGAGAAAUCAAGAUGCUACAGCUUACGUUGGCAAUCUCGACCCUCAGAUUUCCGAGGAGUUAUUGUGGGAGCUUUUUGUUCAAGCUGGCCCUGUAGUUAAUGUCUAUGUUCCUAAGGAUAGAGUUACCAAUCAGCAUCAAGGUUAUGGAUUUGUUGAAUUCCGAAGUGAAGAAGAUGCUGACUAUGCCAUCAAGGUACUUAACAUGAUUAAACUUUAUGGAAAACCAAUACGUGUAAAUAAGGCAUCCCAAGAUAAAAAAAGCUUGGAUGUCGGGGCAAACCUUUUCAUUGGUAAUCUGGAUCCUGAUGUAGAUGAGAAGCUCUUGUAUGAUACUUUCAGUGCAUUUGGAGUUAUUGUUACUAAUCCAAAGAUCAUGAGAGAUCCUGACACAGGAAAUUCCCGAGGCUUUGGCUUUAUCAGCUAUGAUUCAUUUGAUGCAUCUGAUGCAGCUAUUGAGGCAAUGAAUGGACAGUAUCUUUGCAAUCGUCAAAUUACAGUAUCAUAUGCUUAUAAGAAAGACACUAAAGGUGAAAGGCAUGGUACUCCAGCAGAAAGAACUUUGGCUGAAAGUAAUCCAACUGCACAAAAGAGCAGGCCUCAUACUUUAUUUGCCAGUGGUCCCCCAACCCUUCCAAACGUUGCUCAGGCUAAUGGUACUGUUCCCGCUCCAGUGCCUCCUCGCCCCUUCGCUAAUGGUGUUGCCCCAGCUCCUAUUCCUGCCAUCCAUCCACCGCCUCCUCAAGCUGCAGCCUUCCAGCCUAUGCCGGUACCUGGACAGCAAGUAUGGCAUCAACAGCAGCCAGGUCAACAAAUGAUGCAACACAUGAUGCCUCCACCUCCAAUGCAGCAGUUCAGGCCACCUCACCCAAUGCAGAUGCCACCGCCACCACCUCCACAAGGUGUUCAGGGACCUCCAAGGCCUCUUCCCCCACCAUCAGUAAUGGCAAACCAUCAACAAUCUGUAUGGAGACCACCACCACCACCUCAACAACAAGGUGGACGACCUAUGGGAUAUCCUCAGAACUCAAUGCCGCCGCCGCCACCUCCCAAUAACCAUGGAAUGCCACCACAUUCAGGUUGAAGAAAUGCAAUUCUUAUGCAAUGUUCCUGAAUCCUGACCAUCUGGAAUUUUGCCUGUUUAUUUGUUAGUUUUAGUGCGUUAAAUUUCUAACUAGAGUGGUGCGGAUUGAUUGUAAUAUGAAGAAUGUUCAUGAUAGUCAGAAUCAUGCCCAACAAGAGACAUUUUGGGUUGAGUUUUCUGCACGGUAUCAUUAUUUUUCACACAAUCUUUUUGCUGAUGUCAAGUAAGACUAGAAAAAGAGCAUCAACUAUCAAGUAGGCAAAUUAAAGUUAGCAAUCAACAAUUUCUACUACGUUGCAUUGUCUCAA